AUGCAAUUAAGAAGUGAUAUGGUUGAAGGUUUAGAAUUGUUUGAAGGUAAAAAUUCUCUUUUUAAACAGUUAAAUUUUUGUUUAACAAAAAUAGGAGAAUUGAAGCUUAAAAAUUGGAUUUCCAUGCCUCUAACUAAUAUAACAUUGAUUUUAGAAAGACAAAUGGCACAGGAUCGUAUAAAAUUGUCUUUGGAUUUGAUAAAAACAAUACUAGGAGGACUUAAAAUACCAAAAAUCAAUACCAAACUUGAUGUUACUAAUCUCCAGGCAAUAGAAGAAAUAAGAAUUUUUAUUGAAAAAGGGUUAAUUCUAUCUAGAAGUUUAUCCGAAUUUACACUUAUUAAUAAACUCAAAUACACUGCUUUGUUUGAAGAGAUGAGAAUUGUUAAAAAUGGAAAAAUACAACUAGCAUUUAAUCAUGAUUAUGAUAGAAUGGUUGAAUUUUAUAAGGAUUUUCCAAAUUUUAUAAACAAAACAGCUGAAUUACUUUGUGAAAAACUUAAUAUAGAAUUGAGAUUAAUAUACAUGCCCCAAAUAGGAUUUAUAAUUGAAAGCAGUGAAUUAGAUACGGUAUCUAUGGGAAUGCAUCAUACUUUAAGUUUUGUUCACAACAAGAGUAUUCCUGCAUCAGAUAUGUUAAUGUCAACUUUUAUUUACAAAACAUCAAAGUUUAAUAAGUUUCUUUUUAAACUGAACAAAAAAUUUUACUAUAAAAAUGAUGAAACAAUGCAUAUGGAUUAUAUUUACGGAGAUAUAUAUAACAGAAUAAAAGAAAAGGAAUUAUUAUUUAUUGAAAGGUUAUGUGACAUUAUUGACAGUGUGGAUUUAAGUCAUUUAUUUGACUUUAUAUCUGAAAUUGAUGCUUUAUAUUCAUUGUGUAGAUAUAAAACAAAUAAUGAAUAUGUAUUUCCUUCCAUGUUUUAUCCACAUGAAACAAAGAAUGGUGUUAAAGAGAACAAAGAUGAAUUUAACAGUUGUAAAUUAAAUAACACAUACUACUUUGUUGAUAGAAUUGGAAAGUCUUUAGAAUUAAAUAAAAAUAAUAUUAUAUUUACACAGCAUGAUAUCAUUAAUUAUAUAGGUAAAAUGCACAUACUUACUCAGGUUGGUUCGUCACUUCCUUGUCUUGAAGCUAAUUUACCUGUGUUUGAUUUUAUCUUUUUUAUGAAACAUCACUCAUUUAAAUCAAUAUCAAGUUCAUUUCUAUCAGAGUUAAGUCAGUUAAAAAGACUAAUACAAAUUAAAACUUCAAGAAUGCUAAUAUUAUUAGAUUAUAUGGUAGAAACAACUUCAUUUUCGGAAUCUGCAUCUAUCUUUUUAGCUUUACAUGAUUUUAUAAUAAAAUCAUAUACUAUUACAACGACCGGGUUGGAUAUACCUUUUAUAAAAGAGAAAUUCCACAAACUUUUAAAUAAUUAUCCAUUAUUAGUUUUUAAAGAAUAUAAAAUAUUAGCUUUUAGUCAUAAAGGAUCGAAAUGUAAAUAUAGUGAGUAUAUAAACAAUUUGAUGUUGCUUAUACCUGGGUGUGAAAAAAAUUAUGAUUUUACAUCGGAAGAAGAAAUCAACUAA